GACUGCGGACACAGUACAGGGAUGACCAGAGACUGCGGACACAGUACAGGGAUGACCAGAGACUGCGGACACAGUACAGGAGAUGACCAGAGACGGCGGACACAGUACAGGAGAUGACCAGAGACUGCGGACACAGUACAGGAGAUGACCAGAGACUGCGGACACAGUACAGGGAUGACCAGAGACUGCGGACACAGUACAGGGAUGACCAGAGACUGCGGACACAGUAUAGGGAUGACCAGAGACUGCGGACACAGUACAGGAGAUGACCAGAGACUGCGGACAUAGUACAGGAGAUGACCAGAGACUGCGGACACAGUACAGGGAUGACCAGAG